UGUUUUCGACAAGUGGAAUGCAGUGAGGUGGCACUUAGAAAGCAUUUUCGGGAGUGGCUGCCUGCCUGCCUUAAUAGCACAGAGCGAUUAAUUUGCAGCCCAGAGGCAAAGACAGCUAUCUGUCUUUCUGUUUCUGUUUCUCAAGGUGAAGCUCCCUUGAGAGAGAACGAUCAGAGACACACAGGAGAGGAUGAAAAGAGAUGAUAUACGGCACGGUGGUGGUGGUCCGCUGGAGAUAGAGGCGGAGGAUGGGGCAGGGACAGGGGCACCGCCAUCGGACAAGGUGAAGCAAGGGUGGCUGCUGAAGCCAGAAAAUAAAGACGAUGAGAGGAGUAUUGACGAGAAAAAGAAGAGGACGAUGUUUACGUCGAUGAGGAAGAUUUGUUGUGCAAAAUACAGCGUCACAGUAAGGAGUGUGGUGGUGGUUGGCAUUUUGGCGGCCUUAAUCACUCUCAUAGUAAAGCUUGCCCAACGGAGCCGUCAUCAUGUCCACCCGUCUGUGCCUGACAACUACACCACCGCCCUUCACCAAGCCCUCUUCUUUUUCAAUGCCCAACGAUCUGGAAAACUACCAAAGUACAACAAUGUUUCAUGGAGAGGUGAUUCCUGCUUGAGUGAUGGCAACUCUAACACCAAAAAUCUGAUUGGCGGAUAUUAUGACGGUGGAGACGCCAGCAAGUUCAGCUUCCCCGCAUCUUUUGCCAUUACCAUGUUGAGUUGGAGCGUGAUCGAAUACAGUGCAAAAUAUGCGGCACUAGGAGAACUAGACCAUGUGAAGGGCAUCAUCAAGUGGGGUACAGAUUACCUUCUCAAUACCUUCAAUUCCUCUGCAGCUGAUUCCAUUUUCAAUGUGGUUGCAGAUGUUAGAGGGGGUGAUGACACUGACUCCUCCGGUGGUGGUGAUCAGGAGAAAACUCGCAACUGUUGGAUACGUCCUGAGGAUAUUGACCAUCCAAGAACUGGACAAGAGUGUUAUAACUGCCCGGCCCUUGCCGCAGAAAUGGCUUCUGCUUUAGCUUCUGCAUCCAUUGUUUUCAAAGACAAUACAAAUUACUCUAAGAAACUUGUUCAUGGUGCUGAUUUACUCUUCAAAUUUGCUAACAAAGGGCAAGGUGCAAAGUAUACGGGUAGUGCGGACGCGUCUUCCCCCAUCUACAAUUCCACUGGUUUUUGGGAUGAAUUUCUGUGGGGUGGAUCUUGGUUGUAUCUUGCAACGGGGAACUUAUCCUAUCUCCAACUUGUCACUAACCCUGACUUGGGUGCUCAUGGCAAAGUUUUGUGGACUGACCCCAAGAAUAGGGUACUUAGCUGGGACAACAAGCAUGCUGGUGCUUUUUUGCUUCUAAGCCGGCUGAGAUUGUUCUUGAAUUACGGGUACCCUUAUGAAGAGAUGUUGAGGACAUAUCACAGUCAGAUUGAUGAAACAAUGUGUUCCUACCUUCCCGUAUUCACAAGCUUCAACAGAACAAAGGGAGGGCUGAUUCAGUUGAACAAUGGAAGGCCAAGGCCUCUUCAGUAUGUAGUCUAUGCAGCUUUUUUAGCUCAGUUAUACAGCGACUAUGUUGACGCUAUUUCUGCACCAGGAUGGCAUUGCGGAUCCAAUUUCUACCCUACUGAAGAACUGCGCAGGUUUGCCAGGACCCAAAUUGAUUACAUUAUUGGCAAAAAUCCUCGGGGGAUAAGCUACAUUGUCGGCUUUGGUGAGCGUUUUCCACAGCAGGUCCACCAUAGAGGAGCAUCCAUUCCCAAAAAUAAGAUCAAGUAUGGCUGUAAAGGGGGAUUGAAAUGGAGAGACAGUAAGAAACCGAAUCCAAAUAUAAUUGUUGGGGCCAUGGUUGCUGGUCCUGAUGAGCACGACAAUUUCCAGGAUGUCCGUUCCAAUUAUAACUACACAGAGCCGACCCUUGCAGGAAAUGCAGGUCUGGUUGCUGCACUUGUGGCACUGUCCACUGGAAACCCUGCUGGUGUUGACAAAAACUCUAUGUUUUAUGCAGUUCCUCCCCUGCCUUCACCCCCGCCACCUCCUCCAUCACCUUGGAUACCCUGAGAUGUUUUAGGAGCAGUUUUCUCUUGUGAUU